AUGUCUAGCGAUUUCGCUAUCUAUAUUCGAGACAAGCUUUUCGACAGCAAAACAUCUGUCGACCAUAAAAUCUUACAUAGUGUAAACAAGAAAGGUGAAUUUGUUCUAAAGUUCUGUUUCUGGGAAUAUGACAAGAACCAUAAAACAUUAAGCAGAGCAGUCUUAAAAUUUGUCAAUGACAGACUUGUUGACAGAGAUGACGCCUCUUGGAGAGAUGAAGUCCAACAAAACUUCUUAGAAUGCAAAGAAGACACAUGCGCUGUUCUUGAAGAUGAAAUAGAAAACAGAAUAGAUGAGCUAUUAAAGGACAAAGAACUUUUACAUAAAUAUA